CAGAGAGGCAUUCACAAAGAAGAGCCGUAACAGACAACACUCAAGGGGCCGAUUGGCAAAUACAGCUGCAUUCCAUGGCUGAUGAAUGUUGUUAUUAAAAAGGACAAAGUCAAACAAUUCAUACAGCUGAUCCGGUUAAUGAACGUUCAGAGGGGACAAUAGCUGGAACACCUUCGCCUCGAACAUCAAACACUUGAGGCUUAAACAUUAACCAAAGGGGUGCAAAGAUGGAGCUUUCCAGAUUUUUUCUCCUUGUUUCCCUGCAUUGAAGCAACAAACACACUUUCCUCUCAGACAGAAAAAAAAGACUUGAAGUACCGCCCGAGUGUUUGCCCAUAAAGCUCCGUCGAACUGCCCUCCCUGUUUGUUCAUGGCAACACUGUACCAAUGCAAAGUAGGCCCACAUCUUUGGCCAGAGGCCCGGCUGAAUUUUAAGUGAUCGUUACCCCGUUUGUGCGUCCCCUGCCCAUUGCGUUCCUUCCCUCUCACCACCACCCCCUCAGUGGCUCUUUGCAAUGUAUCGGUAGUCCUGGGCACACUAAUUUACAAGGACAAAGACUUCAAGACACAGGGUCAAUAUUUCUUUUUUUUUCCCCCAUUUGGCGGCAGAGUGAUCCCACCCACCGUCAUGUCACCGCUCUACAUAAGACAGUAAAGGGUCGGCUGAUAAGAAGUUAGUCUCAAGACAAGCCUGGCAAUGGGGUGUAAAGUCCUCUUCAAUAUCUUCCUACUGACUCUCGUAAAAUGUGUAUCACCGAAUGAAAUUCAAGCCGGCGAAAACACGAAUGCGACCUUGCCCUACAACGUGUCGCUCCCCGUCUCUAAAGCAGACAUUACAAACCAGUCUCUCGUCGACGCCAGCUGGAUAAGAAACGCUUCUCCAACACUGUCGGUCCCUCAGCAGUGGGUGGUGUUAGAGACCGAGAGCAACCUGACAUGCCAUGCAUCUGGUUACCACCCUCCACCUGUCUCUUUCUCCUGGACCAGGGAUGGCCAAGAGGUUAUACCCUUUUACCAGGUUGAAGGUGAACAGACCCCGGGGUCUGGGUUGUACCAAGCCGUGGGCAACUUGACCAUUUUCCCGUCCCGUGAUGAUCAGAAUGUGACCUUUGGCUGCGUGGUGUUACACAACGGCAGCCAAUAUGAGUUGGAUUUCCAACUCAAUAUCACCUACCCGCCGGUAGUGAAACUUUCGGCUGUCCCAUCACACUCAAACAACGGUCCUCUCACCCUGUACUGCGACCUGGAGAGUUUCUACCCAGAGGAGGUGUCUGUGUCCUGGAUUCAAAACGGCACGCCUCUGCCUGAGACGCCGGUCAGUGAGCAAAAUCCCGACGGCACCUACAGCACCAGACACUAUUUAACCAUGACCCCGGAGCAGAGGAGCCUAGGUGGAAUGGUGGAGUGUGCGGUCAGCCAGCCUGGUGUGGUGCACUCAGCUAACAGUUCAGAAAACCUGGAGAAACUGGAUCCCAAAGAUGUGACUCCAGUGUUGACUAAAUCAGCCAAAGCGUCUGUGGCUAUGAUGUGUAUUUCCAUAGUCCUGGUCUUUCUGCUCUGCUUUGGUUUUUCAUGGAGGAGAAGAGAUGAAAAGCAGAAGUCUCUCAGUGUGUCAGGCAUCAUUCUGCCCCCACGCGUGGUUGUGGGUCAAAAGGGCAGGGUGACAGUGAGCAUCGAAGGCAGGAGGGUGGAUCGAGUCCAGACUGAAUGGUUUCUCAACAACACGCCCAUUUCUGACACUUCACUUACAGCGUCAGAGAAAGGUCCUCUGCUGCCCUCGAGAGGCGAGUUGGCGUACUACAAGCUGCACACCCAAGGGCCUCUACACUCUUCUGGAAGUGGCAUUCAGCAGCUUAUUUCCGCAGUCACCUUCAUCCCCCAGAUUUCAGUUCACAAGGCGGCGGUGUUCAAGUGUCAGGUGUCUUACAUAGGCAAGGACAAGAUUGUGGUGGAGAGAGUGUCCGAGAAGUUUACGAUCCUGUCUGCUCCAGAAGUAUCGGAAAUUCAGCUGGCAGAGGCAGCAAAUGACUCUGAUGUCAUUAGCCUGACAGUACGGGCAACGCAUUUCCAUCCAGACAUAAUCACCUUCCGCUGGUUUUGUCAAGGUGGUGAGUUGAGCCCCGUGGCCUCCCAAGCCUCGUCCUCCCCAAGACCCAAUUCUGAAGGCUUCUUUUCAGCCUAUAGUCAGUGUAAAUUGCCACGAAGUGAAUUGGAAAAGGGGGCCACAAAGGUGUGGGUCAGCGUCCACCACAUCGCCUUGAAGCAGCCAAUCACACGGGAAACACGAGGUUUUCUCAAGAGGCCGUGUGUAUCUGAACUUAUCUCCUACUCUUCACCUGACCAUGCUGUGUCACUGGGGUGUGAAAUCACUGAUUUCUACCCUCCAAACAUAUCCGUGACGUGGUUGAAGCUCAGAGAGGGAGAAGAGGAUGACAGAGAGGAGGAGAUCAUCAAAGGCGGAGAAAUAUGGGGCCCCCUGCAGACUAAUCCAAGGAUCUUCAGGUCCACAGCCUUGCUGAAGAUGGGGACGGCACGUAAGGAUAAGGACAGGAUCAGAGGCAUUGUCUGCAGAGUGGAGCACUGUUCUCUACCUGAACCUAUAGAGAAACACUGGAGAGAUGCUGACAUUGUGGCGCCUUCCAUUCCUCCAUCAGUCUCUGUCUGUUGGAGCAGUGAAGGAGUUGGUGUUUUUACCCUCCUGUUGAGGGGAGGUCACCCUAAGGUCAAAUUAGCGUGGGCAGCCGGAGGACCCACUCUUGUGCCGAUGGUGUCCAGCGAAACAGAGGAGUUAGGAGAUGAUGGGCAGAGGGAACUGAAAAGUGUCUGCGCUCUGGAGAGGUCCACAAGCCUGUCCAAUCACAAGCAGCCAGAGAGACAGAAGAAGAAAAGACAUGCAAUCAAAACAAAGACUGCUGUUACAGACCCCAACACAGAGGGAAUUCAGUACAUUGACGAAAAGGUGGACGGAGAGAAUAACAUCAUUGACAGAGAUGAGGAGACCAAGUCAGACGUCAGUGACGAGGACAGUGACAGAGAAAGUGAGGAAGACCCCAGUGCGCUGCAUAUCAACAGGGUCAACUUGAGCAAGGAUUCCAGACAGAAUGACCUCCAGCGUUUGAGGGUCUGCGUCGAAAUCCGUCAUCCUGCCCUCAAGGUCCCCGUGUACAGGACCUGGACUGAGCCGAAUGAGGAAACUUCAUCUUCUGCAAUGUAGCCAUGGCACCAGGGGAGUCUCUCUAGUAAACCUAACGUAACUCACAUAUUAAUGUAUUAAAUAUAUUUCAUGUCUUCACAGGUAAUAUAUGUUAGAAGUGUUGUUUGUUUGUUUGUUUGUUUUUUUAUCUAUAAUGAAAUGUAUCUAAUCUAAACAGCAAAUUAAGUUUUGUAUUAUUUGAACUAUUUUUGGACUUUACAUUACCACCUACUACUAACUUGCAUUUUACAUGAGUGUGUGCAUAACAAAAAAUCUUUUUUUUUUCU